AUGGGCAACAGCACCGUGUACGAUUACACAAUCCUCCCUGACCUCUGGCAGCUGAUGGACAACGUCACCGAGAACGAAACGGAGGAAUCCGGCGACUGGUACGAAAACUUUGUCGAGCCCUGCCAGUUCACCUUUUGCUCCAAUUUCGUCGGCACGAUCCCGGUUUUCCUAGGAAUCACCUGCCUCCUGGGGAUUGUAGGCAACGUGGCGCUCGGCGUUGCCCUGGCCAAAUGCCCUCGGUUUUGGGAUCGGUGCCAGCCGGGCAAGGUGGAGCUGGCCCUGCUCGCCAUCGGAGGGCUCAUCUUCGCUUCCACGCUGCCGUUUUUCGCCCUGGGCAUCCGCUGGAGGUGGGCCUUCGAAGACCGCGUCUGCCAAGCCAUCCAUGGACUCAAAUUCGGCAGCCUCUUCGCCGGGGGUUUGCUGGCGGCUGGCACCGCUUGCCGAAAUCCCUGGGGUCCCCCCAAGCAGCUUCUGCCCGCCCUGCUGUGGACCAUGGGCUUCGUCUGCGCCAUCCCGGCCGCGCUGGUGAGCAGCUCCGAUGGGCUUUGCAUCCCUCCUCGUCUCGCCGAGCUUCACGCCUGGUCCUUCGUCCACGCGACCUCCUGCCUGGUGAUUCUGGCCCUUCUCCCCGUCAUCGUGGUCUCAGCCACGGCGUGUCUCGCGGGGUGUGGGGAGAGGGGGCGGCCCCGUUGGAACAUCAGCUGGGUUUUCUAUCUCUUUUGGGCUCCCUACGGAGUGGCGGUGUUUGUGGAGAUGUUUCAGAAGGAAAUAUUCUUCUCCCAAAGUUGCCGCUUCCUGGAUCAUCUCAACUCCUUCCUGCGCCUGUCGGAAGGAUGGGGAAUGCUUCACUGUUACCUGAGCCCCUUCUUCAUUUUGGGGUUGGGCUUUUACCGCCGAAAGACAGCCUAA